GAGAUCUUGGCCGUGCUGGAGAAAUGCGCGGAGUCGGCGUUCGGGGGCGGCAGCCGCCGGCUGGCCACGAAAUGGGUCCAUUUCGUGGCAACGACCGACGCGGGCCCGCGGAGUUCGCACCCGACCGUGGGCUCUGUGCGCGCGGAGGAUUUCUCCGUGCCCGAAGUGAAAGCGAUCGUGGCGCCGGCCGCGACGCCGAAAGCGGCCCCGUGGGAUGUGGGCGGCGAAGCGGCGGAGUGCAUGCUAGCUCUGCGG